AUGUUGCAAUGUGUGUUGCGAUGCGUUCAGCCAACCACAGCCAUACCUUGGAGAGGCGCUCUGGAGGGGCAGAAAACCCACCACCUCAAAGACGCCCCGGGUUGGCUUGACAUCUCAGAACCACUCUCUGCCAAUCAAUGGCCGACUGAGCCAGCGCCAGGCACUAAUAAUGACGACCCGAUUAGCAGUGCCGCAUGUACUUCGACCUGCUGGCGGGUUGCAUUACGACUGGCACAAUUAUGGUCUUUGUGCAACCAAAUGAUCUCUUUUGCUCAACUGUUCUUUUUCCUUCAUUCUACAGGCCUUUUUGUGUCUCCCCCGCCUUAUUCCCCUCAGCGGGAUUCCAUCGAAAGCAGUCUUAGGCAACUGGUUCAUUAUCCGUCGUCGUCCGGGUGCACCAGGCUUGGGUUUCAGCGGCCACAGGCAGACUCUGCAGAUUGUGGGGAGUGUCUAAUCCUAAUUCCUGCUGGGCUGCUGACACGAACCGACAGCUGA